GUGAGUGUCGGUGUCGGUGGAGUGAAAGUGGAGCAUGAAGAAGCAAGUCGUUAAUCUCACAAAUCAAACAGCUGCUCUGUCAUUUUCUAUCACAUCUACAGCUAUUAUCUCCUCAUCUUUUUAUAUAUUAUAUAUACACUAAUCAAUCUCCAUUAUUACCUUGCACAUCUUGCUUAAAUAUCUUUCUCUUUAUAUACAAAAACACACACUCUGUGUGUUUACUCGAGCGAUGCUUCACUGCUAGAAACUCCCGUCUUUUACUUCACUUGCUGGAUCUUCAUGAGAUCUGAGCUGGGAUUGUGCUGAAUUGUGGAGAGGAGUCGAUUUUCGGGGUGGAAUUUGCGAAAGAUCAUAUUUUUAGCUUGUUUUGGAUUGUAAAUCUGGCUUGGAUUGGAUAAGUUGAUAUUGUUGUGCUGCUUUAAGCAAAGGAGCAAUGGAAUCUGAAGGAGAAACUGGGGGGAAGGCGAUGAAGAGUUUGGGUGGCCAGACUUGUCAGAUCUGUGGUGACAAUGUUGGCUUGACGGUGGAUGGGGAGCUAUUUAGUGCUUGUGAUAUAUGUUCGUUUCCGGUUUGCAGGCCGUGCUACGAGUAUGAGCGCAAGGAUGGAAAUAAGUCUUGCCCUCAAUGCAAAACUAGAUACAAGAGACACAAAGGAAGCCCUGCCAUACAUGGUGACAGUGAGGAGGAUGGUGAUAGUGAUUCUCUUUUUACUUCAGAGAAUCAAAAUGAUAAGCAGAAGGUUGCAGAACGUAUGUUGAGCUGGCACAUGACAUAUGGACGCGGGGAUGAUAUUGUGACUCCAAAUUACGAUAAAGAGGUGUCUCACAACCAUGUACCUUUGCUCACCCACAGCGUGGAGGUUUCUGGGGAGUUAUCUGCAGCAUCACCUGAACAUACGUCCAUGGCGUCUCCUGGACCAGGAGGGGGAAAACAUAUGCAUUCCCUUCCUUAUUCAUCAUAUGUGAAUCAGUCGCCAAACAUCAGAGUUGUGGAUCCAGUGAGAGAGUUUGGAUCUCCUGGACUAGGCAAUGUUGCAUGGAAAGAGAGAGUUGAUGGUUGGAAGAUGAAGCAAGACAAAAAUGUAGUUCCAAUGACUACUAGUCACACUGCUUCCGAAAGAGGCGGUGACAUUGACGCCAGUACUGAUGUGAUAGUUGAUGACUCGUUACUGAAUGAUGAAGCUAGGCAACCUCUUUCUAGAAAGGUUUCCAUACCAUCUUCCAGGAUAAAUCCUUACAGGAUGGUUAUUGUUGUUCGUCUUGUUGUUCUCUGUAUAUUUUUGCAUUACCGGAUAACAAAUCCUGUAAAAAAUGCAUAUCCGUUGUGGCUGUUAUCUGUAAUAUGCGAGAUUUGGUUUGCAUUUUCCUGGAUAUUGGAUCAGUUCCCCAAAUGGCUCCCAGUAAAUCGUGAAACUUAUCUUGACAGGCUUGCGCUGAGAUAUGACAGAGAAGGCGAGCCGUCUCAGUUGGCAGCUGUUGACAUAUUUGUCAGUACUGUUGACCCAUUAAAGGAACCUCCUCUUGUGACAGCCAAUACCGUCCUAUCGAUUCUUGCAGUUGAUUACCCAGUUGAUAAGGUAUCAUGCUAUGUCUCUGAUGAUGGAGCUGCCAUGUUAACAUUUGAGGCUCUGUCUGAAACAUCAGAAUUUGCAAGAAAGUGGGUGCCUUUUACCAAGAAGUACAACAUUGAGCCCCGAGCUCCAGAGUGGUAUUUCAACCAGAAGAUAGAUUACCUAAAAGAUAAAGUUCAGCCAUCUUUUGUAAAAGACCGCAGGGCUAUGAAGCGAGAGUAUGAGGAGUUUAAAAUUCGCAUCAAUGGCCUUGUUUCUAAGGCCCAGAAAGUUCCUGAAGAAGGAUGGAUCAUGCAAGAUGGUACACCUUGGCCGGGAAAUAAUACUAGGGAUCAUCCUGGAAUGAUCCAGGUUUUCUUAGGUCAAAGUGGGGGUCUUGACACUGAUGGUAAUGAGCUUCCUCGGUUGGUUUAUGUAUCUCGUGAGAAGCGCCCUGGAUUCACACAUCACAAAAAAGCUGGUGCAAUGAAUGCACUGGUGCGUGUAUCAGCCGUCCUUACUAAUGGUCCCUUUCUUUUAAAUCUCGAUUGUGAUCACUACAUAAAUAACAGCAAAGCUAUUAGAGAAGCCAUGUGCUUCAUGAUGGAUCCAAAUCUUGGGAAAUAUGUUUGUUAUGUUCAGUUUCCACAAAGAUUUGAUGGGAUUGAUAGAAACGAUCGAUAUGCAAACAGAAAUACCGUGUUCUUUGAUAUUAACUUGAGAGGUUUAGAUGGCAUUCAAGGACCAGUUUAUGUGGGUACUGGAUGUGUCUUCAACAGAACAGCACUGUAUGGCUAUGAACCUCCAUUUAAACCUAAGAAUAAAAAAGAUGGGUUUCUCUCAUCCUUCUGUGGUGGGUCAAGGAAGAAAACUUCUCGAUCAAGUAAAAAAGGUUCUGACAAAAAGAAAUCAAGCAAGCAUGUAGAUCCCACUGUGCCGAUAUUCAGUUUAGAAGAUAUUGAGGAGGGGGUGGAAGGUGCUGGAUUUGAUGACGAGAAGUCAUUGCUCAUGUCACAAAUGAGUCUUGAGAAAAGAUUUGGUCAAUCAGCUGUUUUUGUUGCAUCUACACUUAUGGAGAAUGGUGGUGUUCCGCAGUCUGCAACACCAGAAGCUCUUCUGAAAGAAGCUAUUCAUGUUAUCAGUUGUGGGUAUGAGGAUAAGACGGACUGGGGGCAAGAGAUUGGAUGGAUCUAUGGGUCUGUUACAGAAGAUAUUCUUACUGGGUUCAAAAUGCAUGCCCGAGGUUGGCGAUCAAUAUACUGCAUGCCUCCUCGCCCUGCCUUUAAGGGUUCAGCUCCAAUUAAUCUUUCAGAUCGUCUAAACCAAGUGCUUCGAUGGGCUUUGGGAUCGGUGGAAAUCCUUUUCAGCCGGCAUUGCCCAAUAUGGUAUGGUUAUGGUGGAAGGCUUAAAUGGCUCGAGAGAUUUGCUUAUAUCAACACAACCAUUUAUCCUAUCACUUCCAUACCCCUUCUCAUUUAUUGUACUCUUCCAGCUGUCUGUUUGAUCACUGGAAAGUUCAUCAUUCCACAGAUCAGCAACCUUGCAAGUAUUUGGUUUAUAUCCCUCUUUCUUUCUAUUUUCGCUACUGGUAUACUGGAAAUGAGGUGGAGUGGUGUCGGAAUAGAUGAAUGGUGGAGGAAUGAACAGUUUUGGGUUAUCGGUGGUGUGUCGGCCCAUCUUUUUGCUGUGGUGCAAGGUUUGCUUAAAGUACUUGCUGGAAUCGACACCAACUUUACUGUCACCUCCAAAGCAUCAGAUGAGGAUGGGGAUUUUGCUGAACUCUAUCUCUUUAAGUGGACAACUCUUUUAAUCCCACCAACGACCCUCCUCUUAAUCAACAUUGUCGGUUCGGUUGCGGGUAUAUCAUAUGCAGUUAACAGUGGUUAUCAGUCAUGGGGUCCACUCUUUGGUAAACUUUUCUUUUCAUUUUGGGUGAUUGUUCAUCUCUAUCCUUUCCUCAAAGGUCUAAUGGGACGACAGAACCGAACACCAACUAUUGUACUCGUCUGGUCCAUCCUUCUUGCUUCGAUCUUCUCAUUGUUAUGGGUGCGGAUAGAUCCCUUUACGACUAGGGUUACUGGACCGGACGUUCAAUUGUGUGGGAUUAAUUGCUGAUCAGAUUUGUCCAAAUUCUCAUAAAACUCCUGUCAAUGAGCUGAUAGGUGAAAAAUCUCACCCUCCGCACACGUCAUAUUCACCUUUGCUAUAGAUAUAAAUUAUUCAAAUGUAUUUAUAUACAAUUCUGCCGUUGUCCAAAGACUUUCUAAAGAGAAUGCAUUGUACGUAGUUAUAUAUUCACAUUUUAUUUGUUGCCACUGUUAGAAACAAGCUUGUGAGAGCAAAAGUAAUGUACUUGGGAAUCUUGGGGUUUGUAAACAUUAAGAUUUUGUUGUACUUCCAGCAUUCUGUAUACCGUAUCUUCGGCUUUUUGAACCUUCAGCCACAUAGAACCAAAUGAUAUUGCUUUCUGAUUA